CAAGUUCAUUUAGUUAUUUAGUGGUGGCGGAAAAUCUUUCAAAUUUCUUCAAUUAUCUUCUAUUAAUUAAUUAUUUGACCUUUAUUUUCACAUUUAAUGGAUACUAUCAUGAUCACGACAUAAGAAUCGAUAACUAUAUGGAUAUAAUAAGUACAUACAAGUAGCAGUUAAGAAGAAACCAUGUAGGAAAAGCCCCAUAAAAAUCAUCCACAAAAUAAUUUUGGAACAAUUUUUCACAAAAUUCCUUGGGAAUUUUAGUGUCUCAUACAUUGAAACUAUGUAAAGAAGUGGCAUUUUGCCUGGUACAUAACCAUGGCUUCAGAUAAUGGUGUUCAGUUGUUACGCCAGAAGGCGAGCGAGGAGCGUAAAUUAGAACGGGAAAGAGCUUUGGAGAAGGAGAAGUCGUUUUUCCCUAAGUUUGCUCCACCACAAAAAGUUAGUUCACCAGUAGAUGGACACAAACGUAAAAUAGAGGAAUGUUUCGGAAAAUAUUCCUUUAUACAACAAAGUCUCAAUAUGAACCUGCUGGGCGUCGAGUCAGCUCCUCCGACCCCACAGUCUAAAGGCCCUAAAGAAGGACCUUGGAAGUACAAUGCAUCUGCUAAAAAGGAUCAACUCAAUGGUAAUUAUAAAACAAAUGAUCCUUCUACUCAUAAUGCCAAACAAAGAGAGAAAAAACCUAAAAAUGACAAACAAGGUCAUCGCAGGAGUACUUCUAGCAGUUCAGAUCGUAGCUUAUCAAAAGAGAGGAUUAAUUCUUCGUCAAAAGAUGUUUCAAAGGAGAAGCUUAACUCCUCAAAAGAGAAGCAUGAGCCUAGUCACGACAAACUCCAAGAUCAAAUCCAGAAAUUACUUAAAGGUAACUCGAUCACUUCGAGUCAAGAUAUCCCGGAAGUUGCAAAAACAAAGCAUGAAUUUUCCGGGGAUAGAAAACCCAUGAAUUUGAGACUGGAUAAAAUCAGUCGUCCCUUAACAGAUGAGAAAUCAGGAGCGGAAUCGGAUAUGUCAUUAUGUAGUCCUGCGUCAUCUGUCGCGAUUGAAGUAGAUCAUGAGCAUCACCCAUCUAUGACAUCACCCAACCAGUUGCCAAAGAAUCCCCCUUCAACUCGUGUCAAAACCAUUUCCAUGUCUGAGGAAGAGGAUUUAUUCCGGCAACCUACAGCACCAAUAAAGGUUGAGCUGCCUGAGAAAAACCAGUGGGAUUCUGGGAAGGGUCAUAUGAGACCCCCAAAUGGGAUUCACCUUCAGGGAAUGGGGAAACCAGAGGAUUCUGCUCGUCAUGGCUUGCCAAAGCUGAAGAUGCCCGUGCAUCCACAGCCUAGACUGACAAAGCCAUCAGACACAGACUCUGUUAGGACAAUUUUACAGGAAAUGCAAAGUAUAGAUGAGCCAUUAACUGCCAUACAGACACCAAUCAAAAAGGAGAAGUUUCCUUUCCCAGAUGCCCAGAGUAAAGACAGCACCAGGGGAGAUGCAAUCGAGCAUGUGAAACGUGACUUGACCAUUACUCAGAGAGGAGGCGGUGGCACAAGUGAAUCGCAUAAGACAUCAGAGAGUCUGAUAGAAAUAGAGCCAGUUUUGACCCCAUUAAGUGACCUUGACCCCAGUGAUGGAGAGGAGCCAAAGGAUGUUGUAAAAUUAAAGAAGCACAAGCAUCAUGAGGCAAAACACCAUCACCAUGAGGCAAAGCAUCAUCAUCACGAGGCAAAGCAUCAUCAUACAGUAAACGGCAAAAAGUCGCCUUCAAAUACAGCCAUGCUAGGAAGUAGUUCUGAUAGCUCUAGCAGUAGUGAAAGUAGUUCCGGCACCAGUGAUUCUGAGAGUGAGGAUGAACGGGCCAAAUCACCCCCUCGUCAUGCUGCGACUCCUCCACCAUCAACACCUGUUGUCAAGGAAGAAUCCAAAUGGGCGAUUUCUGACCUCAUGAAUGCUGUUCUCCCACCAGAUAAGAGGGAGCCACUGGUCAAAAGUCCCGCCAAAAGUCCGGCAAAAUCAGUUUCCAGUGACAGAUCUAGUAAAAGCUCAAAAGUAACCAAACCAAAACUAUCCAAGGGGUCUUCAUCUAAUGAUGGCAUUAGCCAAUCACUGUCAGUGUUAUUACCUGCUUCAGACCCCUUGAGUGAGAGAAAUGUUAAUAGGAUAUCUGAGAACUUAGAUGCAGAUGUUGAAGAUGUUUGGAGUCCAGUGCCGUCUGCAAUAACAUCACAUGAUGAUCUCAAAUCGAAGGGUGACACGACACCUAGACAGGAAGUGUUCUAUGAAGACAUGUAUAGCGCAAUUAAACGCGACCGUGCUCGCAAUAAGAGCUGUAAUUAUUCAUAUGGCAGUGGCGGAAGUAAAUCACCAGGUUCCCAGAGCAUUAAAAGCACUGGUAGUGGAAAGAGUACUUCAAAAGGAAGUUCUGGAAAAUCACCUCGCGGACGUAAAAAGUCAGUGGAUGUUAAACUAGUUGAAAAGCCAACAGUGGAUAUUGAGAGAAUUGAUAAAUUGGAAAAUACCACCAAACCAAAAUCAUCGCAAUUUAAAUCUGGGAAGCCUGUUGGCAGGAGUCCCAAGAGCUCACAAAAGAAAAACUUCUCUAGGCCAUUUGUCCUUAGUAGUUCUGAUGAUUCAGAUGUAGAUAUCAUCAAUACUCCUCCAACCACUUCACCCAUCAAGUUAUCAAAACCUACAGCUUCCCGAUCUCCCCGAGUCACUAAUAUCUCUAAACCGGGGAAGACAGAAGUUUCCAAUGUUGAUAGGCAUAAAAAUCGUAAAAUGAAACGAAUGGUUGAACGGACAAGUACUUGUGAAUCAAUUGGCGUUGAAGAUGCAUUGGAAAGUUUACGGGAUAUUAAACCAUGCCUUUCUCCGAUCCCAUCUAGCACUAUGGUAACUAUAAACCCCAUGGCAACCCAGCCUGAUGAUCUCCCAGGUGCUAUGACAACCACCACUGAUACCAUGGCAACUCAGGCCAAUAACCUUCCUGGCAUUACCUAUGACAAGCUAAACAAACCAUCAAUACUUAUCAAAAUCAAUCUUGCAUCAUUGAAACGCAUCCCUGGUAAAGAAAACAUGUUUGGUCAACCUAAAGGUAUUGUCACAGACAAAUCCCCACCAGAACGUACCCGCAAGAAAAGCCAAAAUUAUAAGAAAAGUAGAAAUAAAAAGCAUGGUUAUAAACAUCUGUAUGAUACCAUGAGUAGUGAUAGCUCUGGUGGAGAACAUAGCGGUGAUGAUUUGGAUACUACACCACCAGAACCACAAGUGUCACCACCUGAUGACCGUCUGCAACCAGCGUCCAUUUUGUCCGAUGACCAGCUUGAAGACCAGCAAGGCAUGCUGGGUAAACGGAAAAGCAGUGAUGAAAGAGCUAGCGCUAAACGUCAGAGAUUAUCAAGUUGCCGUACCACAUCAACAUCAUCUGUAGACCAAAAAGUGAGUCACCCCAUAGAUAGUCAUGAAGAGCCACAUAGAAAAACCCAUCGAAGGUCAGAAGACGGGAAUCUUUCCAGUGAUAGUAGUCCAGAAUGCACCGAUGCCAUCUAUAGGCCAAAUUCAGAUAAUUCAAGGGUGUUACCUCCAGACCCAGCCCCCCAGGAUGUCUCCCCCCAGAAACCUUACCCAAAGGAAACUGCCCCCAAGGUUACAACUGCUCAGAGUGACCGGUGGAAGAUUCGUCAGUAUGAACUACUUGAUGCAAGUCUGAAAAUCUCUGAUUUUUACCUUGCGGAGGGUAAGCGAUUAAAAACCCAAGCAGGUGCCGAGAAAGGGGACAGUUUCAAGUACUUCUACAUAUUCCUAGAGUCCAUGCUAUUCUUCAUAGAAGCAGCGUAUGCAUUAGAAAAGGCCAAUGAGAAAGAUUCCAUCGACCCACGUUAUGAGAGAUGUCUUCAAACAUACAGAGAAACCUACAAACUGUUCAAGCACAAUGUUGAUGCGAGGCUGAGGUCAAGUCAGAGUCUUGAACAUACCCCAAAAGAUAAAAAACUUACAGCAUUAGGAUUGCGUACAUUGUCCCUAUUAUCGUUGAAACUAUAUAAGUUAAAGCAGAGAGAUGCUACAAAAUUGAAGCAGGCUCGGGAUGACUUACUAAAGCAGGCACCUUCCAAGCAUCCUGUGCCCCCUACAUCUCAAGCUCCCUCCCCCUGGAAUGCUCGGAGCACAGACACUCCCUCCCCCAUGUCCCCCACCCCCAGUCCUGCAGGAAGUGUUGGAUCAGUAGGCUCUGUAGGAUCUCAGAGUAGUGGAGUUGAGAGCAGUACUAGUAUUACAUCUAAUGGAGCUAAGAGUUGCCAGGCACCUCAGGGGACAAUAAUUGUGUCUCAGAGGCUCCACUCGGUGACUGAGCGUUUGGCAGCCAUCAUGUACCACUUAUAUACCUGCCAUGAACUCUGGGACCAGGCAGAUCUUUUACUUCAUCACCAUAGAGAAUUCAUAGAUGAGUGCGAUGAUGAAAAAGGUACAUUGACGUUACAUAGUUCUAUACAGCAUUUGUUACACUACAUGCGCCACGCCCUAGCUCAUCUAAACUCCACAUGACCUUUGCUAUGACAACGGACUUCCCGAAUGAUGCUCCAACGGUUUUAUCGCCUGAUGCCCAAAUAUGGGCAAUGAGACAAUAUUCACCAAAUAUGGUAUAUGUAUAUAAGAAUGGAUAGAAUUUUAUAAAAAAGAGGAUUAAAGAUAUGACCUGUGCAGUGAUAUGGCAAUUCAAUACUAUAUAUGGAACUGUCCAUACAUAAUGCCACACAUGUCCAAAUAAGGAUAUAAAUGUAAAGGUGAAGGAUAAAUUGCACCAAUAGUAGGAAAUGAAAUAUAAUGGGUGCUAAAAUAACCCUCGGAUUCCCCACAUUCAGAUGCAGUAUUAUAUAAAGAGAACCAGAUUGAUUUAUUUAUAUCUUCGGAACCUUACAAUGCUUAGAGUAUCUAUGCCGCUGGCUCGCUGGAUUGUACAUCAGGAAAAGAGCUUUUAUAGCUAUAUAAUGGCCUGUUGUAUAGCAGUAUAUGGUUGAUUAUAUAGCUAUAUUGAGGAAUGAUAUAUAGCUAUAUAAUGGCCUGUUAUAUAGAAGUAUAUGGUUGAUUAUAUAGCUAUAUUGAGGAAUGAUAUAUAGCUAUAUAAUGGCCUGUUAUAGAAGUAUAUGGUUGAUUAUAUAGCUAUAUUGAGGAAUGAUAUAUAGCU